AGUCACUACACCCCGGCCAACAGAACAUCAAAGAUGGUGCUUGCACAAUCCAAAUAUUCGAGUACGCGGUAUCAUGACCCGACUCUGCAGGAGUUUUUCAGCUUUGAGGAUGUGGUGCUGAAAGGACUAGCCUCGGACGGUGGACUGUUUCAUCCUCAUCAAGUCCCCGACGUGAGAUCCAAGUACUUGGAAUGGAAAGAUCUAUCAUUUGCCGAUUUGGCUUUCCAGGUCAUCAGGUUAUAUGUGGAUGACCAUGAAAUUUCCAACCAGGAGCUCAAGUCUAUUGUUGAUCGCAGCUAUUCUACCUUCAGGCACCCUGAGACGGUACCCCUGGUUUCCCUGGAUGACAAGAAGGAUUUGCAUCUUCUGGAGCUCUUCCACGGACCGACUUUCGCCUUCAAGGAUGUGGCACUCCAGUUUCUCGGCAAUCUGUUUGAAUUCUUCUUGGUGCGCAAGAACCAGAAGAUCCAGGAGGGCCAAGCACGGCACCACCUCACUGUGAUCGGAGCCACUUCUGGAGAUACUGGUUCAGCGGCAAUUUAUGGUCUUCGCGGCAAGAAGGAUGUCAGCAUCUUCAUCACCUUCCCUGACGGAAAGGUGUCGCCUGUGCAAGAGGCACAAAUGACGACCGUGCUGGACCCCAAUGUGCACUGCUUGGCCGUGGAAGGAACAUUUGACGAUUGCCAGGAUUACGUCAAGGCAUUGUUUGCUGAUGCCGAAAUGAACAAGAUCCAUCAUCUUGCCGCCGUCAACUCGAUCAACUGGGCCCGUAUUCUGGCUCAAAUCACAUAUUACUUUUACGCCUACUUCCAACUGCUGCGGCAACGGCCCGACUUGAAGCAAGUCAAGUUUGUGGUCCCGACGGGUAACUUUGGCGACAUUCUCGCCGGCUACUAUGCUCGUGCCAUGGGACUCCCAGUCGCCAAGCUUGUCAUUGCAACCAACGAGAAUGAUAUUUUGCAUCGUUUCUGGCAGACUGGAUCCUACUCUAAGAAGCAACAACCUGCAAGUGAAGGCCAUGAAGGCCUCAAGGAAGACGGAGCGGAGGCCCACGAGGACGGGGUCAAGGAGACCUACAGUCCAGCCAUGGACAUUCUCGUGUCUUCCAAUUUUGAACGACUCUUGUGGCAUUUGAUCCUGGAGAACGAGGUGAAGAAGAACCCUGGAGUCAAAUUCGAGGAGUCGGUAUUGAAGGCGGGCAGUAAGUUAAACGGAUUGUUCCAGCAGUUGAAACAAACCGGAUCGUUCACUGUCGAACCUGAGGUUGUUCAGAGUGCACGUGAAAUCUUCACCACACACCGCGUCAGCAAUGCCGAGACGCUUGAGACAAUUCGGGACAGCUAUAAAGGUCAGGCCAUCACCAACAAGGGAUAUGUGCUGGAUCCUCAUUCGGCCAUCGGAGUCGCCGCAAGCCUGCGAGAGAUUGCAGCAACCGCAGCGUCAGACGUGCCUACCGUCUCUCUUGCAACGGCACAUCCAGCGAAAUUUGCCGGUGCAGUAGAGUUGGCUCUGAAGGAAGAAGCCGACUUUGACUUUGGCCGCAUUCUCCCAGAGCAAUUCGUCGGACUUGAUGAGCAAGAGAGAAGGGUGUUGAAGAUUUCCAGUACAGAAGGUCUGGCCGGGCUUCGGAGUCUUAUCACCAAGGAAGUGGAAAAGGAAAAACAGGCUAGAUAAAAAUUGAAUGCGUCGAUCUCGUAACAGGGUGCCAAUAAAGAAUUGACCUGUUAUGGCAGUUUUCGUUUCCAGUGUAACCACGUGACCGAUAAAAAUCAGAAAGAG